AAUGCUCAUCAUUUUCUUCCUCCAUGGAAAAUUCUCUGCAACCCAUUUCUUCUUCUUCAUCGUACCCUAAGCUAGAGAUGUCAGGCACGUCGGAUGAAGAAUCCCUCAAAAUUUUCCCCGAUGAACUCAUAAUCGAGAUCCUCACCUGGCUUCCUGCCAAAACCCUGGUAAAAUUCCGCUGCGUCUCCAAAUCCUGGCGAGCUCUGAUUUCAACCCCGAAGUUUAUCAAAGCCCACCUCAGGAAUUCCUCCAAAAGGGAUGAUUAUGCUCACCAUCGAGUUCUUUUUCGGUGCGGGACGGAAUUCGGUAAAACCUGGGUGCCCAACUACGAAACUAGGUAUUUCCCUCUUGCCCCUGCCUUGUUUGGUGAUGUCAAUACUCCUAUUGAGUCAACCCCAGUGGGCGAUCCUGUUAUGAAUAGCAGCGAUGUUGUUAUUGCGGGUGCUUCAAAUGGUAUUGUUUGUGUUUCCGUGAAAACGGAUCUUUUUUUUUGGAACCCGACGAUUAGGAAGUUUAAGAAAUUGCCUCAAUUUCUUUCUCCUGCAAAUCAACGGGGGAAGAAGUACCAUGUUUUGUUUGAGUACAACGAGGUUGAUGACGAUUAUCAAGUGUGUCUUAUUGAUUUUGGAGAGAAAUGUGUUGCUCUCUAUAGUGGAAACACCAACUCUUGGAGGAAGAUUCAAGGCUUUCCCGGUGAAUUUGGUCACCGUUAUUUUUUUGUGCGUGGGAAGCUAUAUUGGGGAAAAGGCACUGCUAGAAGGAUAGAGAUUGGUUACUUUGACUUGAAGACUGAAACAGACGGAAUGCUGCAACAACCUGAUUAUGGGAAGGGCACUUUUGAUUUGCGGGUUCGAGCUUUUCAGGGAUGUCUGGCUGUCUUCUGUUAUCAUCGGACAAGUCAUAUUGACAUGUGGAUAUGGAAGGAACAGGGGUUGAGGCAAUUUUGGACCAAAGUGCUUUUAGUCCCUAAGUUGAAGGAUCCCAGCCGUAAGAAGUUUUGCGUGCCAAUUUUUAUGUCCAAGGAUGGGAAAAUUCUUUUUAAGUACUGGAAAAUCAUGGCUCUUUCUGACCCAAUGAAGAAAUCUGUGACAUACCCCCGUGUUAAAUCCAUGGGAGAACUUUGGAUAGUUGAGGUGUUUGUUGAGAGUUUGUUAUUGAUCAAUGAUCAUGAUUCAAAAGGGCCAUGGAAGGAUACUGAUUUGUCUGCUAUUGACAUGAUUCGGCACCUUGCUCCACAUCUAGUGUAGUAAGAGGAAGUUGACAUCUCUGCUCUAAUGAUUUCCCAACUGCUGCUGUCUGCUGUAGUAAAGGAAAUCGGUUGAAGCUGUACAAUUGAUGCACCUGCAGUGAAACUGUGCUAUGGCGAUCGGCGAGCAGUUGAGGAUUACUACUUUUCUACUGAUGGUAAAUAUCAGGGAUUAAAUUUCUAUUUUACUAUGACCAUGGGCGAAAGUUUUUGUAUGGUUGCCUUAAGGAUGGUAAAAGUAAUGUUGUGGUCUGGAUGAACCUUUAAUGUAGUCUUGGAUAACCCGGUAUCUGAUUGUUAAUAG